UGACGGCUCACAGAUCAGCUUCAGGAACUGUGUACAAGAGUGAAAGUUCCUGCCCUACUGCAUUUGGUGUGAAGGAUACAUUUGGCAAACAAGCAGCAGAGGACUCAAGUGGUAAUCUACAUAUGUGCAGCACAAAAGCUAUGGACAUGCACUUCAUUACUCUGGUGAUUGCCUCAGCACUACUGACCUGCUGCCUACCAGUCAACGCAUCAGUGCUGGAAGUGACAACUAAACUUCAUGGCACAGUCGUUCUCCCCUGUAAGUUCUCCUUUAUCACUGGGCCUGAGAGCUUGUAUGUCACAUGGGUGAAGAAAGAUGCUCUGAAUGACAAAGGCACUAUAGCUUAUGUCUACCAAGAGGGAGAAGAUACAAGUGAGUUACAAGAUCAAAUGUACAGAGGACGCACAGAGCUGAUCAGAGAUUUGUCAAGAGGGGAGCUGAACCUGAUGCUGAGAAAAGUCACAUUAGCUGAUGUAGGAAUUUAUUACUGCCAAGCCGCCAACCGAAAGGACAGAGGAGACAUCGCUGUCUUGUUGUCAUUAGAUGGGUUGAGUGCAAGUGACCCCAGAGUUACAGCUGUGGCUGUUGGUGGUAAGAGACGUCUGAAAUGUUUCACCACCGGGAGUUUCAGAGACCCCCAGAUUGAGUGGACAGAGCUGCAGGAUGGAGACAUGAAAGACCUGUCCAGCUAUGGUCAUCUCAAUGUGACAGACCUCAGUGAUGGGCAACAGCUGCUGGAAUCUGUGCUGAACUAUGACGUGGAGUGGAAUGUGCAUUACUGGUGUCACAUCAAGGAGGGGGGACAGAAGAGAUCAGCUAGAGCUGUGAUGUCAGAUGGAAUAGACACCAUAGAUAUUAAAUAUGAUCUGUAGAUCUGGAAACAAAGCGGUUUUGAUGCUUUCAUCUUUAAACGCACUUUUGCUCAACUUAAUUCAGCAUGAGGUCCUAACCCUCACAAGAAGAGGCUACGUGAUCAGAGCAUCAGGCAAAUACUACUCACCAAGAUUAAUCAACGUGUAUUUAGUGUAGCUGCUGCAUUAUAAUGUUUAUAGCUUGUCAGGAUUUAAAUGUAAAUAUGCAUUAGGUAAUGUAAGUACAAUUGUACAAAACUGCAGUUUAGCAGGUGAUUUCCUCCACAGUCACCAGAUUCACUGGAUACCCAGGACUCCACCCACUAGAUUAUAAACUAGAGAGUAAACGUAUUAUAACACUGAGUAAAAUAAACCCUUAUUAUAAACCUAAACCAAAACAUAUACCUAACUAAAUUAGAUUGUUAGAUGUCAUCCUCACAGAUACAGAUAAGAGGCCCAUUUAUCAAGCUCCAUAUGGAGUAUGAAGGGUCGUGUUUCUGGCGAGUCUUCAGAUUUGCCAGAAACACCAGUUAUGAAGUAGCGCACUAAAGACCGCUGCUCCAUAACCCUGUGCGCCUGCUCUGAUGAGGCGGACAGGAAUCGCCGCAUUUCAACCCGAUCGAAUAUGAUCGGGUUGAUUGACACCUCCCUGCUGGCGGCCGAUUGGCUGCGAGUCUGCAGGGGGCGGCGUUGCACCCCAGCUCUUAUGAGCUGCUGGUGCAAUGCUGAAUACGGAGAGUGUAUUGCUCUCCGAAUUCAGCGAGGUCUUGCGGACCUGAUCCGCACUGUCGAAUCAGGUCCGCAAGACCUUUCCUCUACACUCAGUAAUCCAUGCCUGGAACCAUAGUUCUCACAGUGGUAUUUGUCACCCCUAUUGAAAGGAGACCCUUACUCUUGGAACCACUAAUGCUAAAGUGGUGGUCAUCAUAAAAAAUUAAAAAGUUGCUGCAGCCACCCAGACAGGAUAAUAUCUGGGAACAAAAACGAGUGCAGCACCACUAAAUCCUUGAACAAAAGCAUUGUUUUCUAAUUAUCAAGAUGUGAAUACAAAUGCCCA